UGGACCCGGGACCGACCGGGCUGACCCCGGGACCCCCCGGCUUCGCCUGUCCCGGCUGAGUCCUAACCAGACCCAGGCCAACCCAUACCUCUCCCCAGCGCCCUCCGCCCCGUCCCGCCGGGGCCAUGGAGUUCCCGGACGUUCUCUUCCCCUCGUACUUCGGCUGCGGGCCGCCCAUGGAGGAGGGAGGCCCCGCUCCGGCCGCCGGGUGGGGCGAGCAGGGGCAGGUGCUGGACGCCGGUCCCGGCCGCUGCCAGACGGAAGCGAUGUUCGUGCCCCGCCGCGGCGGGACAGGCGAGAGCUGGGAACCCACGGAGGCUGCCGCUGUGCCCUGCGUGCCUCCCAACGCGAGCUGCUGGAUCCCCUCACUUGUGCCUCAGGACAUCCUUUACCACGGGUUCCUGCGCAGGAAGCUUCGGGGAGGCAGGUCUGGAGCUGCUCUGGACUUUGCCAAGCAGCUGGGACACUUCUUUGUGGAUCACCCUGAAGAUGCCUUUGGCUCUCUGGGGCGGCUGCUGCACCAAAACUUCCACCUUGGCAACUCCAAGCUGAGGAGACAAGCCCGGGACACCACUAUUCGGAUGACAGCCCUGAUGGAAGAAAUCGACCGUCUGGAGGCCAAGCAUGGCUGCCCCAGGCAGUUCCUCUCCCCCCGCCUGCGCUGGUUCUCCCACCUCUGCCGUGACUGGCUCUUCGAGGUGCCUUUGGGGUUGCUGGCAGACUGCCUGCACGAGGAGCUGGUGCUUCAGUGGGCUGGCCUGCUCUUUGAUGACAGCCCAACUGGGGGGGCACUGGCUUGGCUGCCCCCUGAAGAGGUGGGGGCACAGACAGGCCGCCUGGUGUACCCUGGUGGGCCAGCCAUGAACCACCUCUAUUUCCAGGACGUGGUGCUGGAGGAGCUGCCCCAUGCCCAAGGCUCCCCAGUACAGUUUGAGCUCAACGGCCUCAUCCGGCAAGUGGCUGCUGCCCGGGUGGAUGGGGAAGACUUCGUUGGUGUUCGCUCAGAUUAUCACUGUGGUGUUUGGAGGGUGCCAGCCAGGAUGGGGGUGGCCCCCACCCCGCUGCAGGUCAUCCACACCAGCGUGCCUGCCUCCUGCCUCACUGUCAGCCCUCACCUGCCCGGGGAGCUGGCCGUCUGCACCCAGAGCGGAUCUGUGUACCUCUGGAGCGUCGAGUCACGGUUGCAGCGACUCCGCCACGACCCCCAGACCAUGUUUUUUCGGGACCACUCUCCAUGGCGCUGGAGUGACUUCACUGCCCACCCACGGGUGCUGAGCUGUGCUGACCGCACUGGCCUGCAGUGCCUGGAUGCCCGGGCCCCUGAGAGAUGCCACUUCGACUUGUUCAAGGUGGGCGAGGAGGCCAACUGCCAGCAGGGUGAGCGUGUGGUGCUGCCCAUGUACCUGGGCAGGGCUCACCCCUCCCAGCACCUCGUCACCACCCAGUUCUCCAUGUACGUGCUGGACGAGCGGUUGCCACUGGUGCCUGUGCUGAAGUGGGCACACAUGAUGAAGGCUCCCCCUCUCUUUGCCCACCUGACGCCGGGGGGCCCCGGGAGAAGCCAUAAGGUGCUGCUCGGCUCAUCCCACACCCAGGAGCUGCUGUUGCUGCAAUAUCAGGGGGGCAGCAGGUCAGCCUGCCAGCUGGCAGGGCCACCACAGAAGCUGCACCCCAUCACCAGCUGCCUGCAGCAUCUGCCUGCCCAGCUCCCACACCGGCACCACCUGCUCCAGCAGCGCCUCGGAGCCCCGGCUGCUGGACUGGCUGCUGCGGUGAAGGAGGAGGGGCUGCGGGAAUCCCUGAUGGUGUUCCAGCUCUCCGAGGCUGGGGACAUCUUCUGCCAGAGGCUGACCCAUGAGACAGUGCAAGCCCCUGCACCUGCACCCACCUCAGGGGACGAGACCACAGCAUCCCCUGGCUCUUCCCCUCUCAUCGAGGAGGAGGAGCAAACCUUCUACUUGUCCAACCUGGAGGUGAUUAUCAACGAGGAGGAGGAUGCGGGCACACCGGCAUCUCUGGAGGACCCUGAACUCCCACCGCAGCCCUGUACCAGCCCCCGGCCCUGCCCAGCCGUGUCCACUCCAGCCGCUGCCCUGCAGUACCGCCGCUGGCUGAAGGGUCUUUCCAAGGUCUGCAGGGAGUCCCCCCGCCGCUCCAGGCCCCUCACCCUCAGCCAGAAGCGUCUCUUCACCCGCAAAGACCUGGAGGUGCCGGCAGCCCCCAACCCCCUGCACGGGCGGGCACGGCAGCGGCUGCUCCAGGCCAUGGGGGAAGGGGGCGGGAUCCCCUCCUGGGACCCCCCACACCCGCCACCCCCUGUCCUACCGCAGCUCGCGGAGCCUUCGGGGGGCUCGGACCCACUGAGCGCCCGGCUGACGGCGGCCUGGUGCGGGGACUGGGGGCAGUGGUGGGAGGAGAGGAGCGGUUUCAACCGGGCAGAGCGGCAGCGGGCGCUGCGGGAGAGGCGGCGCCGGCAGAAGCAAGCCCGGGGUCGGCGCAGCCUCUCUGCCAGCUUCACCUCCUCCCUCACCUACCAGUCCGAGCUGUCCGAGCUGAGCGACUCGGGACCCCCGCUGCCUUCCCCCGGACCUCUGCCCCCCAGGGACUCCCCCCAGCCCCGCCAGCGCUCCCCGCCGCCCCCCGAUUCUCCCGAGGAAGCCGCCCUGCUCUCCUCCCAGAGCCUGCGCUGCCGCGGCAUCCCCAAGGAGCGGCGGAAAACGCUGCGGGACUACCUGGCCGUCUGGGCUGAGAGUCCCGUCGAGCCCCCCGAUCCCCCCAGCAGCCAGGCCAGCCAGCUCUGCAUCCCCUCCUCCCAGAGCCAGCUCUCCUCCGCCUCCCAACCCCGCCGAAAGCGCCCGCGGAUGGGUUUCUGACACCC